UCAAGUUCUCAUUUCCGGUGUGCUCUGUUGCUUAGUUACAGCCCCUGUGCGCUCUGUCCGUCCUGUAAACAGAAGCUACUCAGAUGCUUCGUUUAAAUGUGUGCGGAUAUAAAUGGUCCGAGUGAUUGGUAGUCUCUGAAACCGCUCGUUCGGAGCCAUGGCAGCUAUAAAAGACGGAGAGUACACGGCCACCAUCUACAAGCUGAUUAAAGAUGGCCAUUAUUUAGAGGCAAUUCACAUCCUAAACGGCCAGCUUCAAAAACAUUCCAAGUCCAGGGCAGCUCUGUCUCUGCUGGGCUACUGCUACUAUCACAUCCAGGAAUUCCUCAACGCUGCAGAGUGCUAUGAGCAGCUCACGCAGCUGCACCCAGAGGUGGAGGAGUACAAGGUGUACUACACACAGUCCCUCUACAAAGCUGGUGCUUAUCCUGAGGCGAAUAAGGCUUCCUUCGUACUGGACAACACCAGCAGUCACACCAAGAUGGUCAAGCUUCAAGCGUGCAUCAAAUAUUGUGAGGAGGAUUAUUCUGCUUCCAAGUCCCUGUUGGAGCAGCUUCCCCAGGACGACCCAGACUACAUCCACAAUAUAGGCUGUUUGCUUUACCAGGAUGGAAAGUAUGAGGAGGCCUGCAAGAAGAUCAUGUCAGCUAUGCAAGUUGUGGGAUACGUGCCAGCGUUGUCCUACAACGUCGCUCUGUGUUUCUACAGCCUGAAGAACUAUGCUCAGGCCCUCAAACACAUAGGAGAGAUCAUAGAACGAGGCAUGAGGGAACAUCCAGAGCUAAGCGUUGGGAUGACAACUGAAGGCAUUGAUGUCCACAGUGUGGGCAACACCCUGGUGCUGCAACAGACGGCCCUGAUCGAAGCUUUUAACCUCAAAGCUGCCAUCGAAUAUCAGCUGAAGAACUUGAAGAGAGCCCAGGAGUCUCUGACAGAUAUGCCCCCCAGAGCCGAAGAGGAGCUGGACCCAGUGACGCUCCACAACCAGGCUCUGGUGAACAUGGACAUGAAGCCAUCAGAGGGUUUUGAGAAGUUGGCCUUCCUGCUGCAGCAGCCCUCCUUCCCCCCCGUCACUUUUGGAAACCUGCUGCUGCUUUACUGCAAACACGAGUACUUUGACCUGGCGGCUGACGUCCUGGCAGAGAACGCCCAUCUCACCUACAAGUUCCUGUCCCCAUACAUGUAUGAGUUUCUUGACGCCUUGUUGACCUGCCAGACAGCCCCAGAGGAGGCGUUUAGGAAGUUUGAUGAGAUGAAUGGCAAACUCACCGAGCAGCUGCGGAAAUUGGCCAAGCAGGUUCAGGAAGCCCGGCUGGCUCGAGAUGAUGAAGCACAGAAGAAAGCUCUGGCCGACUGCGAACAGAUGCAGGAAAAAGGCAGUGAGAGGUUCUCCCUGUUGUAA